CGGGCGGCGCUGCAGCAGCAGCAGCUUGAGCUCGGCCGCCGCCCGCGGGCGCGAGUGUGCGCGGGUGUGGGAAGGCCGCGAGGGGUGUGCGCGCGUGAGUCGGAGCGGGGCUCGCCCCUCGCCGGCGCCCGCCGCUCCACGGCUGCCGAUCGCUCUCCAGCGGUCCCCGGCCCCCCUCGGGCCCCUCGGCUCCCCACGGCCGGCCGUCAGUCCGGGCGGGGGAGGGAGAAAGUGAGACUCGGUGUCAUCACCAUCCAUUGUCAGAAGGGGAGGAAACUGGAAUCCAGCAGCGGCGCGCGGCGAGCAGCAGCAGCAGCAGCUGGGCGGUCACAUCUGGGAAUGCAAAGCCGACCUCCCCCUCCUCCUCCUCCACCGCCGCCACCUCCUCCUCUCUCACCCGGGAUCACUUCCGAAACCACUUCGCCUUCAGCCCCUGCCUCGGCUAGAGGGAUUUAUUUAAUGGGGAUGUGUUCAAGGCAAGAGAGAAUUCAGAAGGAUAUCGACGUCGUGAUCCAGAAGUCCAGAGCCGAGAAAGACUGCCUGUUUGCAGAUUUCAGAUACUCAGACUCCACCUUUACUUUCACCUACGUCGGCGGCCCCAAAAGUGUGUCCUACUCAGUGCACGUCUCAGAAGAUUAUCCAGACAAUACGUAUGUGUCAAGUUCAGAAAAUGAUGAGGAUGUACUAGUCACUACAGACCCAAUUCCCGUCAUUUUCCACAGGAUAGCAACAGAAUUAAGAAAAACGAAUGAUAUUAAUUGUUGUUUGUCCAUAAGAUCCAAAUUACAAAAAGAAAAUGGGGAGGAGUCAAGGCAGAACAGUACCGUGGAGGAGGAUUCGGAGGGCGACAACGACUCCGAGGAAUUUUAUUACGGGGGCCAGGUGAACUAUGAUGGGGAACUUCACAAGCAUCCCCAGCUGGAGGCUGAUUUGUCAGCAGUGAGGGAGAUCUACGGGCCACAUGCAGUUUCUCUCAGGGAGUACGGAGCUAUCGAUGAUGUAGACAUUGACCUGCACAUCGAUGUCAGCUUUCUGGACGAGGAGAUUGCUGUGGCUUGGGAAGUGAUUCGAACCGAACCUAUUAUCGUCCGACUACACUGUUCACUUACACAGUAUUUAAAUGGCCCGGUGCCAACGGUUGAUGUCUUUCAGAUCUCUACAAAAGAGCGAUUUGGAUUGGGACAUCAGCUGAAAAAGAUCAUGCAGACCUUCGUUACUCAGCAGUGGAAACAGAGCAAAGAGAAAUCCAGUUGCCUGCACGGUAAGAAGCUGUCAGAGAAGAAGGUGAAGUCUCCUCUGCAUUUGUUUUCUACCUUGCGCAGGUCGCCCAGCUAUCCACCCCCUGGUUGUGGCAAAAGCAAAUCCAAACUGAAAUCUGAACAAGAUGGCAUCUCCAAAACGCACAAGUUGCUGCGCAGGACUUGCUCCAGCACCGUCAAGGCUGACGACGUGUGCGCCAAGUCGCACAGGACAUUUGGGCGCUCACUGUCCAGCGACCCCAGGGCGGAGCAGGCGAUGUCCACCAUCAAAUCGCACAAACUCUUGGGCCGGCCCUGUCCGGCUGCGGGCAAGCAGGAGGACUGCCUCACGCUCAAGUCGCAUAAGUUAUUGACUCGCUCUUGUUCUGGAGACCCGCGCUGUGAGCACAACACCAACUUGAAGCCCCACAAACUGCUAAGCAGGUCUUACUCCAGUAAUCUCAGAAUGGAAGAGUUAUAUGGGCUGAAAAAUCACAAAUUGCUCAGCAAGUCUUACUCCGGCGCCCCCAAGUCAUCGAAAAACGAGCAUUUCAAGGAACCCAACGCAGAGGGCAGGAGGCUCUCGCUUACCUCAGGGCUUAUCGGUAUUUUAACACCAUCAUCGUCUUCUUGCCAGCCUCCUACAAUUGAGUUUGCUGAGCAGCGGAUCCCUGUACUGAAUGAAUACUGUGUGGUUUGUGACGAGCCACACGUGUUUCAGAAUGGCCCCAUGCUUAGGCCCACGGUGUGUGAGAGAGAGCUGUGUGUAUUUGCUUUCCAAACCCUGGGGGUGAUGAAUGAAGCUGCUGACGAUAUAGCUACUGGAGCUCAGGUGGUAGAUCUACUCGUGUCCAUGUGUAGAUCUGCGUUGGAAUCUCCUAGAAAAGUCGUCAUUUUCGAGCCAUAUCCUUCUGUGGUAGAUCCCAACGACCCUCAGAUGUUGGCCUUCAACCCCAGGAAGAAGAACUAUGAUCGAGUAAUGAAAGCUCUGGACAGCAUAACUUCCAUCAGAGAAAUGACACAGGCGCCCUAUCUGGAAAUCAAGAAGCAGAUGGAUAAACAGGACCCCCUUGCCCAUCCACUUCUGCAAUGGGUCAUCUCAAGCAAUAGGUCACAUAUUGUGAAACUGCCAGUUAACAGGCAACUGAAGUUCAUGCACACGCCACACCAGUUCCUCCUCCUCAGCAGCCCACCAGCCAAAGAGUCCAACUUUAGAGCUGCGAAAAAGCUCUUCGGGAGCACGUUCGCAUUUCAUGGCUCUCACAUUGAAAACUGGCACUCUAUCCUGAGGAAUGGCCUUGUUGUCGCCUCUAACACACGUCUGCAGCUCCACGGUGCGAUGUAUGGGAGCGGGAUCUAUCUUAGUCCAAUGUCAAGCAUAUCGUUUGGUUACUCAGGGAUGAACAAGAAGCAGAAGGUGUCUGCCAAGGACGAGCCAGCCUCAAGUAGUAAGAGCAGCAAUGUGUCGCAGUCUCAGAAGAAAGGACAGCAAUCCCAGUUCCUGCAGAGCCGUAACUUGAAAUGCAUAGCCUUAUGUGAAGUGAUCACGUCACCUGACCUGCACAAACAUGGAGAAAUAUGGGUUGUCCCAAAUACGGAUCAUGUCUGUACACGAUUCUUUUUUGUCUAUGAAGAUGGCCAGGUGGGAGAUGCUAAUAUCAACACACAGGAAGGAGGCAUUCACAAAGAGAUACUCCGAGUAAUUGGUAAUCAGACCGCUACUGGCUAGAGAACCACCACUUACCAGGAUCUGAAAGCUUCCUCGGGUUCAAAGCUGGAUUUUGAACUGAAGAAGAUGAUUUAAAAAAUAAUAAUAAUAAUUUAUUGUUAUUAUAAACAAAAUUAACCCUUUGAAUACUGAUUUUUCUUUUCUUAGUAUUUCUAAACAUUUCAUUAAAUACCUAAAAUGGUUUAAGAUUUAACAAUUGUAGGGAUAUGGAAUCUAGUAAUAAACAUUAAACAGCCCUCAAACUCAAGUUUGGGUUGCGUACACAAUAAACAGAUUG